AUGGAAUGGGACGAAUGGAUCGAGCUUGAUAACGGGUAUCUGAAGUACCACUCUACGAAAGCCUCUCGCAUUGCUGCGCGCGGGGAGAAGUGCUGCAAGACGGCGCCUGAAGCAUGGGACGCGGCGGUUGAGCUGCUCGAGGAACUAUGCGGGUACCUACCAGAGCGAUAUCCGACACUAUUCGAGCCAUUACAAGGAGGCGGGAAGGGCGUGAAGAAUGCCGAGACCGGGGAGGUGUUCGAUAUCGCCUCCUGCCUCGCAGACGAAGAUCCCAUGCAAACCUGCGCACGCUUAGUUCAGGAUGACUUGGCCAUCAUGAUCGAACGGCCAGACGGACAGUACUACCUCCUCGCGGGCGCCAUUCUGCUCGCUGGUUUCUGGCGUCUGCAAGACAAGUUCGGUAUGCCCUUGUCUGAAAUUCACACCAGUGGCGACGUGCCGCAGUAUAAGGAGAAAUUGGAAAAGGGCAUGCUGAACAUGUUUAAACGACUUCAACCCGAGAAGCCUGUGCUGAGGAACAACUACUUCAUUCAGGUCGAUGAUAAUUUGGCGUGGAGCGAGAGUCUGGGUUCAGAGGACGAAGAGGGUAUCAAUUGGGCGAGUGCAGAUACCACCGAGGGGGUUGGCAAUAUUUAUUUCAGGAGUGAAAGACAGAGUCUGAGAAGACUCCCAAAAUCGGGAGGCAUUGUUUUCACGAUUCGGACCUACUUCCAUCCAGUCACUGAGAUCUGCAAGGAGCCGUAUGUUCCAGGGAGACUUGCGAGCGCGAUACGAAGUUGGGGUGAUGAUGUGAGUAAGUACAAAGGAAAGGCGCAAUAUGCGGAUGUUCUACUCAAUUAUCUGGACGCGAUGCAUGAGAAACAAGUGGAAGAAGGAUUGGAUUUGGGGAGGGAAGACGAGGUGAGGGCUUAUCCCUACUGA